AUGCUCUUGGUCUCCAUCAAGGAUCUUCGGGAGACCACCGAAUUGGAGUUGCCGGUGGUGUUGACGCAAUUGGGGUACGACGAAAUCUUCUGGCUCACCGACUUGAAGAUCGCCGCUGGCUACGGCACCGUCGUGCUUGCCGGGCUCAUGUACUGGUUGGAGAAGAAAUACAAGUUCAAGGACGUCUACUUGAUCAACGCCGCCUUGAUCGCCGUGUACUUCUUGUUGCUGGCGCUCAUGUGGUUCUUUUCCAACUUCAGCUACGCCAACAUCAAAUAUAUCGGCAAAAAUAAGGCCGGGGACAAGUUGACCAUCAAGGGGUGGACCGACAAGUACGAGCCGGUGUACUACGUCAAGAUUACCUCCGAGCCUAAACAGGGCCCGCCGAAGCUGGCUGACGGCUACUUACCGUUCGAAAAGCUCUUUGAUGGUAUGGGCUACAUCAACCGAGACGCCUUGGUCAGCCUUGUUGAGACCGAGUUGGCUAAGCUCAAGAAAUAG